AUGGUUGUAGUUACCCCUCCUCGAGCGAGCACUGUCGUCGGUUUCGCCUUCGCCCUCGACGGGCCCUCCAGCAGCUUCAUCGACCGCCGCUUCUUUGGUUUGGAGGAUAUUCCCAUCUCCUUAUUUGACCACUCCAUCUACCGCACCGAUCUUCUUAAUUACAGUAAUGAAAUCCGGCACCUUUUACGGACAGUAAUGGUGGUCGGUUGUGACAGGCGAGAUAUCCUCCGGCGCCAGAAUACAGCCUGCGGCGGCGAGGAAGCCGUUUCCGCCAGAAGGCUCGCGGCGUCGCUGUGGCGGUUGUCCGCCACCGCAAACGAAGUCACGAAUCGGGCCGGACUUGAGUUAUGCUCAUCAUUCCCAAUCCCUAAUUGUCCAACGGAAGGGGCUACAAAAUGGGAUUAUUGCAACUCAAAAGCCUCGCAUAAUACCGGCUAUUUUUUCGGCAAUUUCAAAAGCAUGGAUCCGUUUAAUGCGAAAAAAUGCGAACAAAAACACAGCAUAAAGAAGGCAAAUCGUGAAAAGAUGAAAACAGAACGGCGAAGAAGGCGUUUAAUGGUCGAUGAUUUAAAGGAUGAUCUUAAAAUGGAAAGGAACAAUGGGAAGAAAGUUAAUAGGGAGAAUUCGAAGCUGUCGCGUGAUGUUGCAGAGGCCAAAAUGUCGGCGAGAAAAUUCAUGCACAAUAUUGGGAAGGAGAAGAAAGCUAGAAAAUUAUUGGAGGAUAUGUGCAAUAAGCUAGCUAUAGAAAUCAAAGACUACAAAGUCGAAAUCGGGGCUUUGAGGAGUGAGAGAGAGAAAAUCGAAGAAGACGUGGAAAACGAGAGGAAAAUGAUGCAGUUAGCCGAGGUUUGGAGGGAGGAACAUACGCAAAAAAAGCUACAAGACGCAAAGUUGAUUUUGGAGAAUAAGUUUUGCGAGUUGAAUAAUUUGAUAUCCGAGAUUAAAUCUUUCUUGAGCGAAUCAAAUUCGAAAAGGCAAUCUUAUGAUGCUGUGAAUAUCCAAUGCAUUAGAGAUUUUUCCCAGGUCCUCCCGAAUUCAAACAAAAUCUUCACUAACAAAGGAGAAAAUGCAUGUAGCGAAAGAAGUGUAUGUUCAAAUGAAUGCCCGUUUCGAAUGGAGACCGUGAAUAAAUCAAGAAAGAGCAAUUAUAAGUCGAAUUCAUUUGAUCUUGAAAGGGAAAAGAUCAUGCAUCAUGGAUGUCAAAACUCCGAGUCUAGUGGAAUUUCAUUGGUCUCAUUGAAUCGACCAAAGGAGAAAAAAGGUUUAUCUUCUCAUAAGCUUCGGAGGGAAUUGCGGAGAAAUAAAGAUGCAAGCACGAAAAUAUCAAGUGAUGUGAGCGGAAGAAUCUCGAAUUGUUCCGUAUCUUCGAUGUUAUCAUCCAUGGAUGAAGGUCAAGUUAAAGUAUGGAAAAACCCACAUGUCGUUCGGGCUAUGAACGGUCAUAUUGAAUGGCCACGGGAGAUCAAGAGGCGCGGCUCGUGCGAGGGCAGCCUUCUGGAAGCUAAGUUGAAAAGCCAGAAAACAAUAUUGCGCGGUGUACUAAAACAGAGGAGUUUAAGUAGUAGUUUUGAAUAA